GAUGUUAUGCCUGUUUGGGAUCAGAAGAAAACUGUAGCGAGGACAAGAUAUCAACCGACAGCGGUAAACAAAUGGUUUGCGGAUCAGUUGAAGAUCGAUGCAUUAUAGUAUACUCACGUGACGAGAACCUGGAACAGUUUAAGAUGAACUGCAGUCAUCGUGAUACCUGCAAGGAAGCAGUAGAGUCCUGUCACGAGGACAUGAAGACAAAGAAACUCGAAUGCUGUGAUGUAACGUGCUGUGACUCUGACUUUUGCAAUAAACCAAAAUAUUCAGAUGGAAAGUUCUGUCAAAGAAAACCGGACCUCGUGGCUAUCAUCUAUGGCGGUGCCGAAGUAAUCCGAGGACAAAACGAAAACAUCACGAUGAAUGCAUCACUUUCCUAUGACCCGGUUGUUGGACUAGGUAAUCACUCCGGGAUGAACUUCACCUGGCAUUAUGGUGAAAUCAAAGGGAACUAUUUUGGCCUACAGAGAGCAGCAAGCGACUCCUUCACAGGAGUGAACCAAUCAACCAUUCGGUAUUCUGGGAGUGAUUCUGGACUAGAAGUCACCUUCAAUACUGCCUCCAUGUCUAUCAAUAAGACAUACCUGGUAAACCUGGUCUUGACGAAAGAUUAUCGCAGUUCGAGCGUUUAUCAAAUUAUUCAUUUGGUAAAAGGAGAUCCGCCUGAAAUAUCCCAACGAUGUUAUGCCUGUUUGGGAUCAGAAGAAAACUGUAGCGAGGACAAGAUAUCAACCGACAGCGGUAAACAAAUGGUUUGCGGAUCAGUUGAAGAUCGAUGCAUUAUAGUAUACUCACGUGACGAGAACCUGGAACAGUUUAAGAUGAACUGCAGUCAUCGUGAUACCUGCAAGGAAGCAGUAGAGUCCUGUCACGAGGACAUGAAGACAAAGAAACUCGAAUGCUGUGAUGUAACGUGCUGUGACUCUGACUUUUGCAAUAAACCAAAAUAUUCAGAUGGAAAGUUCUGUCAAAGAAAACCGGACCUCGUGGCUAUCAUCUAUGGCGGUGCCGAAGUAAUCCGAGGACAAAACGAAAACAUCACGAUGAAUGCAUCACUUUCCUAUGACCCGGUUGUUGGACUAGGUAAUCACUCCGGGAUGAACUUCACCUGGCAUUAUGGUGAAAUCAAAGGGAACUAUUUUGGCCUACAGAGAGCAGCAAGCGACUCCUUCACAGGAGUGAACCAAUCAACCAUUCGGUAUUCUGGGAGUGAUUCUGGACUAGAAGUCACCUUCAAUACUGCCUCCAUGUCUAUCAAUAAGACAUACCUGGUAAACCUGGUCUUGACGAAAGAUUAUCGCAGUUCGAGCGUUUAUCAAAUUAUUCAUUUGGUAAAAGGAGAUCCGCCUGAAAUAUCCCAACGGUAAGGAAUUAGUUUUGCUUUUUCAGACUGUUUUUUUCUCCGCAUUUCAAAUUAGAUGAA